UAGCAUGCAAAUUGAGCAGCCCGAGGGAGCGUGCGGCUGAAACCCGGCCGGGGCUGCGGCGGUUAGUCCUCUCUCGGCCGCCGUCGCCUCCGACAUAUUGCCCGCAGGAGCUGCGGCGGCGAGCGGAGAGCGCCGGGGGAAGGAGAUGGGAGGACGAAGAGGUCCCAACAGGACAUCUUACUAUCGAAACCCGCUCUGUGAGCCAGGAUCGUCAGGGGCCUCUGGUGGAGGCCACUCUUCUAGUGCAUCAGUGAGCAGUGUCCGUUCUCGGAGCAGGACCACUUCUGGGACGGGCCUCUCCAGCCCUCCACUGGCUGCGCAGACCGUCGUGCCUCUGCAGCACUGCAAGAUCCCUGAGCUGCCCGUCCAGGCUAGCAUUCUGUUUGAACUCCAGCUCUUCUUCUGUCAGCUCAUAGCCCUGUUUGUGCACUACAUCAACAUCUAUAAGACAGUCUGGUGGUAUCCGCCCUCACACCCGCCCUCCCACACCUCCCUGGGACUGUCCCACUUCCCUUCUCUGGGUCCUGUUCUCCUCCUCUAGGUAAUUUCCUGGCCUGAGUCAGCUGGAGGCCAAUGAAGAACUUCCACCUGAUCGACUUCAACUUGCUGCUGGUGACCACCAUUGUCCUGGGCCGCCGCUUCAUUGGGUCCGUCGUGAAGGAGGCUUCUCAGAGGGGGAAGGUCUCCCUCUUCCGCUCCAUCCUGCUGUUCCUCACCCGCUUCACCGUUCUUACGGCAACAGGCUGGAGUCUGUGCCGGUCCCUCAUCCACCUCUUCAGGACCUACUCCUUCCUGAACCUCCUGUUCCUGUGCUAUCCGUUUGGGAUGUAUAUUCCGUUCCUGCAGCUGAACUAUGACCUCCGCAAGACAAACCUCUUCACCCACAUGGCUUCCAUGGGACCCCGAGAGGCAGUCAGUGGCCUGGCGAGGAGUCGAGACUACUUUCUGACACUGCGGGAGACUUGGAAGCAGCACACACGACAACUCUAUGGGCCGGAAGCUAUGCCCACCCACGCCUGCUGCUUGUCACCCAGCCUCAUUCGCAAUGAAGUUGAGUUCCUCAAGAUGGACUUCAAUUGGCGAAUGAAGGAAGUACUUGUCAGCUCCAUGCUGAGCGCCUAUUAUGUGGCCUUUGUACCUGUUUGGUUUGUGAAGAAUACACAUUAUUAUGACAAGCGCUGGUCCUGUGAGCUCUUCCUGCUGGUGUCCAUCAGUACCUCUGUGAUCCUCAUGCAGCACUUGCUUCCUGCCAGCUACUGUGACCUGCUGCACAAGGCUGCAGCCCACCUGGGCUGCUGGCAGAAGGUGGACCCAGCUCUGUGCUCCAACGUGCUGCAGCACCCAUGGACUGAAGAGUGCAUGUGGCCCCAGGGUGUGCUGGUGAAGCACAGCAAGAAUGUCUACAAAGCAGUGGGCCACUACAACGUGGCCAUCCCCUCUGAUGUCUCCCACUUCCGGUUCCAUUUCUUUUUCAGCAACCCUCUGAGGAUCCUCAACAUCCUUUUGCUGCUGGAGGGCGCCGUCAUUGUCUACCAGCUGUACUCCUUAAUGUCCUCAGAGAAGUGGCACCAGACUAUCUCCCUGGCCCUCAUCCUCUUCAGCAACUACUAUGCCUUCUUCAAGCUGCUCCGGGACCGCCUGGUAUUGGGCAAAGCCUACUCAUAUUCAGCCAGCCCCCAGAGGGACCUGGACCACCGGUUCUCCUGAGUCCCAGGAGAUGAUCCUCCAGACAAUAUCUGGGCUUCACCCAGGGGCUUCCUGGUCAACGGCUCUUGGGUUGGGGGGAGGGGUGCAAAACAAAACAAAACAAAAAAAAACCCACCAGAGCUUUGUAUUUUUGUUACGUACUGUUUCUUUCUUUGAUAAUUGAUAUGAUAAGAAAAAAGUCUUAUUUUUAUACUCUGAA